AUGAAGCCAUUCAUUUGUUUUCUAGUAUUUGUUGCACUCUACGCUUGUUGCAAUGCGAAAUAUUUUAAGACGCAUUGCGAUUUAGUUCAUGAACUGAGAAAACAAAAUUUUGCUGAAGACCAGAUGAGGGAUUGGGUAUGUCUGGUAGACAGUGAGAGUGCUCGCCACACUGACGUCAUAGGUAAACCAAACAAGAAUGGUUCCAGGGAUUAUGGGCUGUUCCAAAUUAACGACAAUUUCUGGUGCAGUAACAGCACAAUACCUGGAAAGGGAUGCCGUGUUACCUGUGCAGAUUUGAUUACGGACGACAUCACAAAGGCGUCUAUUUGCGCGCAUAAAAUCUUCAGGCGCCAAGGAUUUCCUGCUUGGCAUGGAUGGACGAAACGCUGCCAAGGAGACUUGCCUGAUAUUAGUGACUGCUAG